CCUUACCACCUGUGUUGCCAGAUUUUUAACAGUCGCUUUACAUCGUUGAGCAGUUUUAAACGGUUUUGUAAUUAAUAUAAUCGUCAGUUGUCCACGUUUUUCUUUUCUUUGUUAUAAAGUCUAUUGUGUAAUUAGUCGUUUACCGGUUCUAUCGUUCUAGUGCUCAGUGAUUCACGUUGAUAUACGUAUAACGUUACACCACGCAGGUGCUUGUGUGAAUUGUUGAAAUUUCUGUUCUUGAAAAAAGAAUGUGGAUCAAUUCCUCGUUCUUCUAUAUGUAGCUGUGACCGGCCAUUCAGUGACAUCUAUAUAUAAUUUUUAUGUGAAAAUGUGAUGUAGUUUAGUGAGCAUUUUGAGUUAUACAGUCUGUGAUUUAUGAGAGAGGUCUGACCUCGACAAUGGAUAUUAAAACGAGAGCCGCAUUGUGCUGAAGAACGAUCCGGCUAAGUCGAAGAGUCUAGAGAUUUGCGCAGUGUUUGAAGGAAUUAAUUUCGCCAAAUCUGAACACCACCCUCCUUUGCUUGAAUGCAUAAAUUUUACAAUUUAUAGUAAUGUCCGAUCUUCGCGGCUCUUGGGACACACAGAACAACGCGAUGUGGUGGCCAGGCACUUUAACGGAUCAGCAAUCGUUGCAGCAACAUCAGCAACAAUUGUUACAUCAACAUCAGCUUCAACAGCAAGCUGUAGCACAGCAAGUGGCUGUUACUCAACAGCAAGAUGCUUCAAUCAAUUCGGCCGAAGUUGCCGCUCAACAAUUAUUUCCGUAUAAAAUGACAAGCAGUUUUCAUCAUCCAGCCACUUCCUUAGCCAAUGUUUCGGCCACGAAUUUAUCCAUUCCCAGUGUGUCUUCUCCUACAAACUCUGAUCGCUCGUACGAUUAUAGACUUAGUGGUGGCGCGUCUUCUUUGGGUAUUUCUGCCCCUACGCAUCAGUGGUGGGGUUACGCGAACACUAUGGACAAUUCUGUACAAAGUUCAGGAACAUCCGGUUCCGCUGCAAAUAAUCAAGGUGCUAAUAGUCCAUCUGAAUCUCAACAGUCGCAUAGUCCGCAACAAUCUGAUUCUCGACAACUAGAUUCUCAAAGACAUCAGCAAGAUACUCAAAGACAACAGGUUGAUACUCAACCUUCGAAACAGGCCACUGAUCCGCGACAAAACCAAAUUCAGAUAGGUCAACAACAGCAGCAGCAACAACAUACUAAACACAAUAUAGACCAGCAUCAACUGCAGCACUUGGAUCAUCAACAACACCAGUUGAACCAGCAACAAGCCCAGUUGAAUCAGCAGCAGCAACAUUUGAAUCAGGUUCAACAGCAUUUAAGUCAACAGAAACCGUUGAGUCAGGAGCAUCAACAACUCAUAAACCACCAUCAACAACAAUUAAAUCAACAACAACAUCACCUAAAUCAGCAGCAGCAGCAACUUAAUCAACAGAGAUUUAAUCAUCAGCAACAACUUAAUCAUCAACAGCUCUCUCAAAACAACCAUUCGGGCAAUCAGACGUUGUCUGCAGUGCAACAACAGCAAAUUGUCCAUCAACUUGGUGCAGUACAUACACCUACAAGAGGAAGAAUGCCACGUGGAAAAGCUGACGCUAGGCCCAGGGGCCGUAUGACGGCUUAUGCCUUUUUUGUGCAAACUUGCAGGGAGGAACACAAGAAAAAGCAUCCGGAAGAAAAUGUCGUCUUCGCUGAGUUUUCAAAAAAAUGCGCCGAAAGAUGGAAGACAAUGUUGGACAAGGAAAAGAAACGUUUCCAUGAAAUGGCUGAAAAAGAUAAGAAGCGUUAUGAUGCAGAAAUGCAAAAUUACACUCCUCCUAAAGGAGAAAAACAACGCGGAAAGAAGAGAAAACAACUUAAGGAUCCUAAUGCGCCAAAAAGAUCAUUGUCUGCUUUCUUUUGGUUCUGCAAUGAUGAACGUGCAAAUGUCAAAGCCCAAAAUCCUGAAUAUGGUGUAGGUGACAUUGCCAAAGAAUUAGGAAGAAGGUGGGCUGAAGCCGAUUCCACCGUUAAAAGCAAAUAUGAAGCAAUGGCAGAAAAAGACAAAGCUCGUUAUGAAAAGGAAAUGACAGCAUACAAGAAGAAAGCAAAUGCCAUACCUGUAGCUGCUCCCGUACCUGAACCAGAAGAAGAGGAAGAGGAAGAAGAAGAUGCAGAGGACGACGAAGAUGAGUAAACAGCAGAGCCACCUCAUCAUUAAUUACCUCGUCAUUGUCGCCUUUCAUUCAUUCCUCCCGUGUAUAUAACAACAGCGUUACUGUGUUUUGUCAUUUCUUAUGCAGUGUUUGUGUACUUAUUGGUGGUAAUGUAUGAAUGAGGAGCCUGCAUGCGGAACUACUGUAGUCAAACAUAUUUAACUUACAAAAAUAAUUAAAAAAAAAAAACGAUAGACUGAGUUUACAAAACAAUGAAAAUGAAAGAAAGCCUCUUCAGAGGCUAACGUUUAUGUAUUAAAACUAGUGACCAACAAUCCAUUAUUUUUAUCUGAUCCGACAUAGUUCAAGGAAUCGUUUUGAACCAAGAACACAAGUAGUAACGUUUAUAUUUGUCAAUUUAUGUUUAAAAAUCUACCCAUUUUUCUUUCGUAAUGUCCUCUUGUAUAUUUUAUAAAUUUGACUUAUAUUUAUUUAACUUGUUCUGGCAUUUUCUCAACACCUUGCCACAUACAUUGUUUUGGCGUUUGCGUUAGUUGUUUUAAAUUAGUAUUUGACAGUCGAUUAAUGAAAAAUGUAGGCACAUUGUGCUAUACCUAUGAUUUUCUAAGGAAAUGUAAAUUUUUUUCUUCCCGUUAUUUUACAAAAUUCAACUCGAAACAAUUGAACUAACGAAUUAUCUCCAAAAUGAAUAAUGUUUGAAGUCAUUGGCAGUAAUCGCCACCUAGCGAUACUUACACAACGUUCUUGAGUUAAAGUUAAAAUUUGAAAAUUGCAGUAAUAUACUAUUCUUUUUUUUUUAUUAUUGUGUUAAAGGUACUCCACUUUAAAAUUUGGUUAAUUACUAUCUAAUGCGAUUUUGUUUCAUUCCACUUCCACGAAAACAAGAAACCAGUUAAAAAUGUUUAGUGUAUUUUAUUGUAACCAUAAAUUGAAUUUGGAGUAUUUUUUAUUUUAUUUGUAAAGCGAUGAACUUUGUUAUACAUACAUUAUAUACUGGUAUAGAUACCGUUUUUGAUCUCUUUUUAAAACAUUUUUAAUUAAUCGACAACGCUGUUUUAAUAUAUGUAUGUUACUUGUCGCAUUAUUAAUCAGUGGGUGGUUUUUAAAAUAAUUGAAAUCUGCAGCUCGAUCUUGAUACAAAACACAUUUUUGCCUAAAACACUGCUCAGGCAAACUCGAAAACGGGUUCAAAAUUAUCAUUAACUAAUCGAACAACAAUCGGACGUGAACAUAACACAUUUCAGAAAGAAGAAAAAAAAAUCAUUAGUGUUUAAACUUGCAAUUAAAGCGAUAUUAUAAUCUUCCGAUUGUUGUCUCAUGUCUUCAUAAUAGUCUAAUUUUAUUUCGUCAUAUGUAUCAUAAGUAUCUUUUUAGUUUUAAGUUAAAACAGUGUAAAUCAGAGCAGCGGCUGUCAGGAAGCAGCGAUAACAUUAUCUUUUUGUUAUUACUAUUAUUCUUUGCUGAACUCAUCCUCGAUGUACCUACCACUUACUCAAAAGUGUUCCAGAAAAUAGCACGUGUACUUCACUGCGAUUUUAUUGUAAGUUUUCUUUUUACUCUUUCUGCUUUAUUUGUCUCAAAUAUUUAUAGACGAGAGCUAUUUCUUUUACUUAACCGUCAGCAUUAAAAAAAAACGAUGAAUUGAGAAUAAUUAACAGUAAUUUUGCUAUAUUGUUGCCAUUACUAUUCAUGUGAUGUUAAGCAUGUGAAGUAAAAUGUGUAAGAAUGUUCAAAAACCGAAGGUUAUUUAGAGAUAUUUUUUUAAAUUUUUAAAUAGUUUCUAAGACGAAUUGUUGGAAUACUUUGAAAAAUUCGUAACAUUGGAACACUUUAGUUUACAUGACAGUUUCGCUCUGUUAUUUUAGGAAAAAAUUAUAGAAACUAUGUUUGUUUUUGUAUCUUAUAGGGAAUAAAGACAUGAAAUCAAUAGUAA